UUUCCUUGAAAAUUUGACUGGAACAGUAUUUGUUCCAGAAUAUUAAGAAUGAUGUCGUGAAACAAGUGUCAUAAUACCUCUUGCAAAAUACUGUCAUUUUGACACUUGCAUUUUCCUUUUUAUGCAAAAAGUCGGUAAAGUGAGAGGACAGAAAAAAGGAGUAAAUCUAAUUGAGUUUUAUUAUUUUAUUAAUUCUGUGAAAAAUCGAAUUAAAUAUUUACAAUUGUAUUAAAGCAGCAAUUAACACACGUAUUUCCACAGAAUUGUAGGGAAAUUAAAAAGUAUUGAAUAUUAAAAUUGCUUCUAUGAAAAUCAAGUAAAAAAGGAAAACAAUAAAAACCAUUGUAAAAAGUGUUUGUAUAGUAGUAGUUGAAGAAAAAAUCGAGUUGGCUCAUUGUACAAGAUUUUAUUGGCCAACAACAACAGGCAUUCAUCUAUAUAGGAGGACUGAUAUUAUAAUACACUUACGUGUUGCAAAUUUCUGAAAAUAAUUAUUUGUCUUUAUUCAAACAGAUUAUCAGCAGCCCAGCGUCGUCAUCAUAGCUCAAUCGAAAAUCAACACCAUCCUCAAGAUUAAUCGUCAGUAUGGAAGAGGUCACAUUGACCGAAACAGAAAUCCGUUACUAUGGUGAUUUGUUCUUAUGUUGCGAUGAAGAGAAAACGGGUAAAAUUCCGAUGCUCAAAGCAUCGGAAUUGUAUCGUUCUGCAAAUCUCUCGAACGAAAAGAUACUGGAGAUUACGUCCUUAGCCGGUAUACCAGACACUGCCCUACAUGUUUCGCGUGUACAGUUUUAUUCUUGCCUCAAGUUAAUUGCAGCCCAUCAAGCUUCGAUGCCACUAAGGCAAGAAUUGAUUGUGGCUUCUGUUCAGUUACCUUUGCCACGAUUUAGUUGGACAGAGUCUUCAUCAAAUAAAAUCGAAAUGACGAAUAGCUAUCAGCAACAUCACCAUGCAAUACCACCACCCCCAGUUACCGACCGAAGAAACUCAUUGAAGCGAUUAUACGAAUGGUCCGAUACCAAUGCCUUGGGAUCGCGACGCAACUCUUCAGCGACUCAUCAGCCGGAAAUAGCAGCAAUAAAUUCGGAUGUACCGAGCACUGAUUCCGAAGUAGAACAGGGUGAAUCUAGUUGUGGUGGAGAUGAAGGUAUCGCUGGAGUUAGUGGCCAUAAUAAGCAUCAUCGACGUGGUGUUUCUCCAGAAGCGUGGAGUACAAACAGUGACAGUCCAACACCAACUAAUAGUGUGGCUGAGCGUCCAUGGGCAAAAGAAACUUUGUGGCAUGGAUUGCUGGGAGAUGAGCACAGGCAACUUUUAGGCACCGAGGAGGAAUCUUCUGAUCGCCAUAGUAGUGACGAUGAAAAUGAAACAGACUUAGAAACGGUUUAUCAAAUAACACCAGAGCAAAGAGAAUACUACUUUAAACAAUUCAAAGCUGUUCAACAUGAUCCAAAUGGUCUAUUAUCGGGACAAGUUGCUAGAGUAUUUUUCGAAAAGUCGCGAAUUCCCGUUGAAGAAUUGCGACACAUUUGGCAAUUGUGCGACGUAACACGCGAUGGUGCGCUUAGUUUGGCUGAAUUUACUGCAGCAAUGCAUUUGGUAGUAUUGCGUCGUAACAAUAUUCCGUUGCCGGCCACUCUGCCGGUAUGUUUGCAUCCAAAUGUGUUGCAACAUACUGCAAUGGGUAGCAGUCAGAUGGCAUCUCAAGCUGAUCCUCCAGAGGCGGACCUCUUGCAUUUGGAUGACGACGACGAAGAAGACAAUACAGAUAAUACAAUUAUAGGCGUCAAUGCCACAAUAAAUGCUGCCGUUGCUGUAGGAGCUAGUGUGGGUAUUAAUGUUGGUAGUAGUAGUGGCCGUGUACUAAAUGAUAAUAAUGUUAUGAACUUAAGUACUCUUUCAACAUCAUCUCAGGCUAGCGUAAGUUCUCGUCAAGGUUCGAACGCUAUUACAACAAAUCCUAAGUCAUUAACUCCACCACCCCUACCCUUGAAACUCCAUAGUAUUUCGAAUUCUCCCAAAGCGACAGAAGUUACUGCAGCAACCACAUCUUCUCCUCCUCUUCCUCCGAUAAUAUGGGCUAAGGAUGUACAACCAAAUCAAUGGACAAUUCCACCACUGGCAGAAGCGUCUGAGGUUACUGUACCAACAUCCUCUCCUCCUCCUAUAAUGUGGGUUAAGGAUGUACAACCGAACAAAUGGACAAAAUUUAAUGAAUCUCCGACAUCGAAUGUCUCUAGUCCUGGCCCCAAACCGGUAAACUUUGAUAUGCAACGUACGGCCCAAGCUGUAGUUUCCGAUCCUCAAAUCUUGCAUCCAGUGCCAUUAAGAGUAACUCCAGUCGCAGGCGGUGUAAUUACGUCAACGGCCGGUUCUACUGAAAAACACAAUAAUGAUGCCGGCGAUGGAUCUGCUGCGUGUGUACGUGAAUCAAGUCCGAAAUCUUCUUCAGUAUCGUCGUCUAACAGCCAUGGCAGUGGAGUUGCCGGCGCAACUCAAGCACAUCGUGAUUCCUUGCAAAAUAACGAUCUACGGGCCAUACAAAGGCCUCAAGCUAAAAAGUUGCCCAUAAAAAAUAUUGGUGCUAUACCACCGCCACCACAGCGUGAAUCGUCUACUGGUGGCAAUAUAUCAAAUACAAUUAGUGAUCAUGAUUCCAUUGGGGAUAUUGGAAGUGUCAGCGGUAAUAAUAAUUUGUCUGUAUCAAUGCUGGUUAACAAAAAAGAUCCUCCUCCAUUGCCACCACCACGACCACAUCGUCAUGGUCGCAGUAGCAGUUUAGAUUUGAAUAAAUUUAAAAUUGGUACACCAAGUGGACCACAGCCUGAGAUAAUAGCCCAAGCUAGUUUUGAUUUGCAAACAUCAACUGGCUUUGCUGAUUUCACUCAUUUUCCCGAUGGCAAUAUUGCAGCCGGAGUUAAUGAUCAGCAGGCACAACAAAUGCAUUCCUUGCCACCUCAAAGUUUAGCAGGACGCAAUCUUCAAACAGCCUCUGGGGCACUGCCACCAACUCGACUCUCAUUGCAAUCGAAUCAACGUGUAUCCGCGUUUGAAGUUUACCGUAAACCUAAUACUCCACGUAACUCUCAAUCGCCAACACCAUUGUCUGCCAAUGCGAGUGGAUUUCCACCCAUAGGCCCAGCUCCUACACCUUUUGGCUCAGUAGCUGCAACAGCGAUGACAACAGCAACUGCGUUACCAAAUUCCGAGCUUUAUGAGAAAAGAGUGAAUGCAAUCAGUGAAACGCUGCGUCAUGUUUCAUUUAAAAAGGAACACAACAACAAUAAUAUGACUGAAGUACUGCGUCAUUUACGUGAACAAAAUAAUCUUUUAUUGCGCCUAUGCAACGAUCUCAGCGAUGAAUUACUUACCGUGCAAACUCGUAAAGAAGAAAUGAGGCUAAAAUUAGAAGCAUCAUCCUCAGCCACAAACACUAGUACCGAUACGGCAAUAUUACCGAAUGUCACAGCUCCAACAAUGGCUGCUGUUGGCCAUGUUGGAGGUAUUGCGCGAACAGGCUCAUCAAUUUCAGCUCCAGUUACUGCCAACAUUACCGGUGGUUCCGGCAGUUCUGGCGUCCAUUCAAACGUUUAGGCAGCUUUAUAAUUUACUUGUUUGUUUUUGAUAGAGAUUUGAUGUUGUUUGUUAUACAAAAAAAAAGAAGAAAAAUAUGAAGAAAGAAUCCUCUAUUCAAUAAUUGUAUUGAUUUCAUUAAAAAAGAAAAAAAACUAUUUAUAGGCUGCUAAAAAUCAAAGACAUAACCAUCUCCUUAUAAUCCUACUUACUUGCCUACUUUCGUACAUCAUUUAUUUCUUCCCAUACUUCCACUACCUCCAUCUAUUUAAAGACUACCAACUAUUUUCCUAAACAAGAGAGCGCAUUAUCGUUGCCGAAACCCGAGAGGAAAGUUUUCCAAGUCAUGGUUAUUGUUUGUCUGUUCAUUCGUACAUAUUAUAUGUGUAUAAAUUGUUAUUUAUUCAUAAUUAUUUAUUUUUAAUAUUACAAUGUUUCUCAUAGUAAAAAAACAAAAUGAAAAACCAAACAAAAUAUCUCUGAAAUCAACUCAACUCAAUUUAAACAAAUGAAGUUAAAAAGAAAAGAAAAAUAUUAAUGAAUAAAAACUCCUGUUUUUAAUGAAA